UGGCACAAAAGAUUAAUAGAAAAAGUCCAGUCCACCCUUUUUGGAAAGUUUCGCAAAGAAGAAUCAAACAGGUGUCAGUUACAUUCAGUAAUGGAAUAUGAUUAUCUCAUAAAAUUUCUUACUCUUGGCGAUUCGGGAGUGGGUAAAACUAGUUUUUUGUAUCAAUAUACAGAUGGAGUUUUUCAUUCCAAGUUUAUAUCAACAGUUGGAAUCGAUUUUCGAGAGAAAAGAAUGUUAUUCCAAUCCAAAGGUAGAAACCAUCGGAUUCAUCUGCAACUGUGGGACACUGCCGGACAAGAAAGAUUUCGCAGCCUAACAACAGCAUUUUAUAGGGAUGCGAUGGGAUUUUUACUUCUAUUCGAUCUCACCAACGAGCAGUCUUUUCUCGAAAUCCGUAACUGGAUCGAACAACUGAGGCUGCACGCCUAUUGCGAAGUACCGGACAUCGUACUCUGUGGAAAUAAAGCAGAUUUAGAAGAAAGGAGGAUAAUAAGCGAAUGGAGAGCUAGAGAAUUCGCCGAAACCUACAAACUGCCAUAUCUGGAAACGAGCGCGGCGACCGGGCAAAACGUGAAUAGAGCCGUAGAGACUCUGUUAGAGCGGGUAAUGUUGCGAAUCGAGACGGCCGUGGACAGGGCGAUGCUCCCGGGGCGCCGGGGAAGGCCCAAAGAUCUCAACGAUUCGGACAUGCUGGCGCCCCCGUCGCAAAAUUGUUCAUGUUGA